AUGGAAACUUUGGUACUGACAGAUGUACCCUCGCAUGUGACGCCUAAUUCAUCAAUACUGUCUGCCCUGACUCGAUUCAUUACUGACUGCUCAAACGAAGCAUUGCUAGCAACUCUACAAGCUGGAUCAGAUUACACCCUCCCACCAGGGCAAGCGCGCAUGCAAGCCGAGCAGCAGUGGUCACGAUCUCUCUUUGGCUUGCGGCGUCUCGUUCUCGAAAUCACACCUGUGGAUACCUCCAAAUUAACUUCAUGGAAACCCGGAAAUCAACAUAAUGCUACAGGCCAUUCAAGCACUGGUGACCGUGACUCAGAGAAUCUCUGGUCUGCAGCUGCUGAUGACUUCAGCUUCUUUGGCGAAGAAGAGUGUGGAGUCCCUGAAAAUGAUACUAGCAAAUACUUUCCAACGACAGGGCUCAACGAAAAGGUCUCGCAUAUGCCCUCUGAGGAUGACUCGUUGCAUUCACCUGAUUCUCCCCAAGUCGGGUGUCACCUCCCACAAAUUGACAUAAACCCUGGUUCAUCGGGGACUGCUGGACACAGAAAGCAGCGGUCCCAGGUUCCGACGAUUGACCUUGUCGCAGAGCUUGCGGCUUUUCGUCGCGGCAAAAGAGCUGAGUAUGAGCAAGUGGUUCGUCGUGAGAGAGGACGGCGAAGCACGCUUAGCACGAAUGCUUUCGGCCUACUUAUGCCCUCAUCGCCCCAUAUUUCUUUAUCACAUUACGUUGAAGGUCAUUGGAAGGGAGAGGUGAAGGUAGUGCGGAACCCGCCAAAGGUGCGGGCUGGAACACUAGAUUUGAACGGAGACCAUGUCUAG